GGGGCCCUGUGGUCCCCGCGGCUCCGGCCCGGCGCCGCCGGCCUCGCAGGUGCAGCCCAGAGCAGCGCGCGGAUCUGUGGAUCCAGAAUAGCACCUGAAGUAGCUCAGAGGUCAUUUAGAAGGCUCUUGGCCCAGUGGUCUUGGAAGAAAUUGGAUCUGAAGAUGGCAUCUAGGGUGCUGUGGGGCAGCCUCAGCCUGCUCCGUCUGCUGUGGUGUCUCCUUCCACAGACAGGAUAUGUGCACCCAGAUGAGUUCUUCCAGUCACCUGAGGUCAUGGCAGAGGACAUCCUGGGCAUAGAGGCUGCCCGGCCUUGGGAGUUUCAGCCCAGCAGCUCCUGCCGCACUGUGGUCUUCCCACUGCUGACCUCUGGCUCUGCUUUCUGGCUGCUCAAGCUCUGGGAAGCGUUGGGGCCCUGGCCCAUCCCAGUGAGUGGCUACGUGCUGCUGGUGGCGCCCCGGCUCCUCCUCACUGCCCUCUCCUUUGCUCUGGAUGUGGCCGUUUACCACCUGGCCCCGCUGUGGAGGGCAGAGCGCUGGAAUGCCCUGGUCCUGCUGUCUGGUUCCUACGUCACCCUGGUCUUCUAUACAAGGACCUUCUCCAAUGCCAUCGAGGGACUGUUCUUUGCAUGGCUGCUGGUACUGGUAUCCCCCCGUGUAGCUCAGAGCCCCACAACCAAAAGGCCUGCUCCGUGGUGGCACAGCUGGCUUCUUGGCAGCAUCGUGGCGGCUGGCUUCUUCAACCGGCCCACCUUUCUGGCCUUUGCUCUGAUCCCCAUCUUUCUCUGGGGCAUUUGUGGAGCCACGGACCCUGCCUUCAAGUCACUGACCAAGGAAGCCCUGGGGCUCCUCCCAGGAUUGACCCUCACUGCAUCAGUGUUUGUGGCUGCGGACAGCUGGUAUUUCUUCACGCCGUCUAGAUCCAGGGCCCUUGUCCUGACACCUGCCAACUUCCUGCACUACAACCUGGAUCCUCAAAACCUGGCGAGACAUGGCACACAUUUGCGGCUCACUCACCUGGCAGUCAAUGGCUUCCUGCUUUUUGGGAUACUGCAUGCCCAAGCCCUGCAGGCUGGGUGGCAACAGCUGCAAGCCUGCCUCCAGGCCUUCGGACAGAUGGGCUCUCGGAGGCUGCCGGACACCCAGAGUCUGCUGUCCAGCCCCAGGUCUCACCUCCUGCUCCUCUACUUCCUGCCCCUGGCCCUGCUGAGUGCUUUCAGCCACCAGGAGGCUCGGUUCCUGGUCCCCCUUCUGGUCCCCUUGGUCCUGCUUUGUAGUCCACAGACCCAACCUGUGCCCUACAAGGGUACCCUGGUCCUCUUCAAUGCCCUGGGUGCCCUCUUCUUUGGCUGCCUGCACCAGGGGGGUCUAGUACCUGGCCUGGAGCACCUGGAGCGGGUGGUGCAUACACCUGUGUUCCCAAGCAUACCUACCCACUACACACUCCUCUUCACCCACACCUACAUGCCUCCCCGGCACCUCCUACACAUCUCAGGUCUGGGAUCGCCUGUGGAGGUGGUGGACCUGGGGGGCACUGAGGACUGGGUACUGUGCCAAGCCCUGAACAACUUCACCAGACAACCAGCCUGCCAGGUGGCUGGUGGGCAGUGGCUCUGCCGCCUUUUUGUGGUGACCCCUGGCACCACCAGGUCUGCCAUGGAGAAGUGUAGUUUUCCCCUCAAGAGUGAGACACUCGUGUUUCCCCACUUGACCCUUGAGGACCCACCAGCCCUGUCCUCCCUGCUGAGUGGGGCUUGGAGGGACCAUCUCAGCCUUCACAUCCUGGAGCUGGGCGAGAAGCCUGACAACAUGACAGAAAAUCCACUGCCAUAGGUGAAGGCACCGCUCCGCCUUCUGUGUAGGUAGCUGGGCUGGGACAGAGCCCAGGGUCUCUUCCAUCCCUUUCCCAUCCCUUCCAGAACUCCCACCACUGCCUGUCCUACACACAGCCCUUGGCUGUUUUACCUUCUGGGUAAUCUGACAUUCUUUUCCCCUCAAAGACCAAAGAUCUGACCGGUCAAGGUCCCUAAAGAACCUGGUAUAACCAAUGGCCCCUAACUUCUGUUCCUGCCUAUUCCUUCCAGCCACUGUACUGUUUUAAAUAUAUGGUAGCAUCUGGUUGUGAAGAGAGAACCAUGUGCUAAUGACAUUCCUCAAUGACCUGCAAACCUUCCAGGAUGCCUUACCUCUUGCUGUCAUGACAACCUUUUGGCUUCCAAGACACCUAGAAGAAGGCAGUGGGAACAUAGAGAGAGUAGGAAGCUCAGAUUCAAGGGACCCAAGUUCUAAUCCCUGGUCUGAUACUCACUGGCUCUGUGAUCUUAAGAAAGUCUCUUCCCGUACCCAGCCUCAGUUUCCCAACCUGUACAAUGGGUCAGAGGAUCUCCGAGGUGUCUGCAGCACAUGUCCCCUGGCUAGAUAGGCACGUCUCUCCUAAAGAUCUUUAAGCACAGAAGUGGGUGUGGUGGUGUAAUUAAUUGCACUUUUAUGCCUGCUGCCUUAGUGUUUGGUUAUUACUAAAAAAAAAAAAAGGAUCUGAACUAGUUCUUUGCACUGCCUUCUACUCCUCUCCAUCAAAUAUAGUGGGACAUUUCAGCCUGUCAUCCUUUAAGGAUCAUUCUCCUGGAUAAAGGAUCAUUCUUCCUUUAAGAAUCAAUUUUCCUCCUGAGCCUGCUACACUCGGAGUGGAGGACACACAACAGUCAGCUUCUAGCAGCACCUUCUAGCAGGCUUCCCAGAAACUUUUCUUCUCAAAUGUGAUCUGGUCCCUUUCCAAGCUCCAAGGCUUUGACUGAAACCCCUCUUCACAGGAUGGAGAGCGAACCCGAUGCCACACCAACACCUGCUGCUUUGAUGGAAGCUACCACACCCCUGAGCAUGCUGCUCCCAACAUAGGUCCCCUCUACCCAGUCCACUGGGGACAUGAGGAGCUGUGGUACUACACCUGUCCUUCUCCCGCCUCACACCUCUGCCAUCUUACGAGAACAAGAGGCAACAGAGCCACAGAGACCAGUGAGCUGGAGG